AUGGCAUCCCCUCGUGCGAGCUAUAGUUUUGGUUUGCAUGCAUUGGCAUGGGUUCCCAGAGCAAAAUUAGGCAAAUCUGGAACAUUUGCAAUGACAAGGAAGAAAUCAGAUAAGAUGAUAAACAUGAAGCAGCAAAAUUAUCUGAUCAAAAUGACCCAGUGCGAUACAUCACAGGAUAAGCUAGACCAGCUUCAAACUAGCAAGUAG